UAAAGAGAGAGUGCAGUGAUUAGAGUGGCGCUCUCUCGGUGUCAGAGCAUCGCAACAGCAUCAGUGAAGGAAACAUGGCCAACUCUUACCUACAGGGAGUGGAGAUUUCUGCCUCUCAGUUCCUGGAUAUCUUUCAUCAUUAUGACAAUGACGGUAAUGGCUAUAUCGAGGGAAAAGAGUUACAGAACUUUAUUAAGGAACUUCAGCAAGCUCGGAAACAAGCAGGCCUGGAGUUAACAGAACAAAUGAGGGCUUUUGUGGAAGAAUAUGAAAAAAAUACUGAUGGAAAAAUAGACAUUAUUGAGUUGGUGCAAAUACUACCCACAGAGGAAAACUUUUUGCUUUUUUUCCGUCAACAGCUGAGGUCCUGUGCAGAAUUUAUGGAGGCCUGGAGGAAUUAUGAUGCUGAUCAUAGUGGCUACAUCGAAGCUGAUGAGCUUAAGAAUUUUUUGAGAGAUCUGCUUCAGAGAGCAAAGAAACCUUUUGAUGAGAAAAAGUUAGAGGAAUACACAUCAACCACGCUAAAAAUAUUUGAUUUGAAUAAUGAUGGGAAACUGUGUCUGGCAGAAAUGGCAAGGCUACUGCCAGACCAAGAAAACUUUCUACUGAAAUUUCAGGGAGUAAAAAUGGCCAGAAAAGACUUCAACAAGAUUUUUGAGUUAUAUGAUAAGGACAGGAAUGGCUAUAUGGAUGAAAACGAGUUGGAUGCCCUGCUCAAAGACCUAUGCGAGAAAAACAAAAAGGUUCUAGAAGUAAGCAAAAUCCCUAUAUAUAAGAAGGCCAUCAUGGCUCUUUCUGAUGGAGGAAAACUCUACAGAACGGAGUUGGCGCUGGUGUUGUGUGCUGAAGACAUGUGAGAUUUGUCCACCAGUUGAUGUCUUUUUGAUCUACUACAUCCUCUCCAUCCACAUCCCACCGCCAGCAAAGCUGUCUGCUCACUCAUCAUGUGAACAUAGCUAAACACUGGAUGUAUUUCUGUUCAUUUAGUCAAGUACAUGCCGAGUGUUUGUAGGUACACAGAUCAGAGACCGAUGCCACAUACUUUUCAAUCUAUCGUUUCUAUACCGUUUCUAAAUGUACAGAUUUUUGUAAAGACAAGAUUAGUUCAAUACUUCAAAGGACAAGAAUCUUGGUCGCCACUUACAUGAAAUAUGUUUUCACACCCAGAAAAUGAGACAUUUCCCAAAACACUGAAGCUUCAUGGGUAUAACAAAUUCAGAUCAUAAUUCAACACAGGCUCAGCAAAUCAUUUCAUAAUAAAAAUUCAAUUGAUCUACCUUAUGAUAUAGCCAAAGCAAUAAAGUGGUAGAGGAAUGUGGAUGGUACGAAGCUGUAAAAUAGGAAAGUACUUGUAUGUAAAAAGCAGCAGGCUAAAUUUCUGUUCGCAGUGCAUGUUUGCGACUGAAGGCACACCUUGCUGUGAGGCAUUAGCAAUUCCAGCAAGAUUCUAUAAGCACAUACCACAUCUAUAUAAACUGCAUUGCCCCUGCCCACACUUCAGUCUCAUAUUUCUGUAUUUGCACUGUAAUGAAUGAUGUGCUGAACCCCAGUGACACUGUGUAUGAGGAUAUUAUACUUAAUAAAGUGCUAUCUGAACUA